AUGCGCUCCGUGACGCCGCCGCCGCUGUCACCGUCGAUCGACCGCGACCGCGACCGCGCGCCGCCGAAGAGCGACGCGACGCCGCGCGCGGACGGCGCCGCGUCCGUCGGAAUCACGCCGCCGGGGGAUAAAGUAAGGGGUCCCGCGCGAUCGUUCGCCGCGGCGGCGUCCGCGGCGGCGUCGUCGUCGUCGUCUUCGUCGUCGAGAUCCGCCCGCGAGCACGGGUCGAGCGCGUGCAGCGCGGCGACGAGCGCUCGGACGAGCGCCUGCGACAGCCGGUGCGAGUCCGCGAGCUCGAUCAGUCGAACGUACGGCCGUAUCGCGGGGGGGAACAUGCACGCGAACGACGCCGCGAACGUCCCGCCGCCGCCGCCGCCGUGGCUGCCUCUUCCGCGUCCUCCUCUUCCCCCCGCGCCGCCGCGUCCGCCGCCGCCCCUCCCGCCGUGGCCGUGGCCGUUCGAGUUCGAGUUGGAAUUCGAACCGCCGCCGGAAUUCGAACCGACGCCCGCGCCCGCUCCGGACUCGCCCGUGAGCCGGCGGUGCAAUCUGGACAAGCGCGCGGGCGUCACCGCAGCCGCGAGCUCCUCGUCCGCCUCCCCCGCGGCGCCAGCCUGGACGAGCCGCGAGGUUAUCAACUCCGCGAACCAGCGCGUGUUCUCGAGGUGGACGCCGGAGAGGAGCUCGCGCGUUUUAGCCGCCGCGAGAGACGCGACGUGCGCGCCGUCGUGCGCGCCGUCGUCGCCUGCGGGCCGUUCUGAGGCGAGCCCCGCGGCGAGCGACCGCAGGUGCGCGUACAACGCGUCCCUCGCCUUCUCUCUGUUGUGGUACGCCGCCUGCGUGUUCACCGCGCCGCCGAAGCCGCCGUUGCCGACGACGACGCCGCCGCCGCGCGAUGCCGGCGGCGCGGGGCCGGCGGCGGAGACGAGCGCGCGCGCGGGGAGGAGAGGUCCCAUCCCGCCGCCGCCAGCUGUGUCGCCGCCGAAUCCGUCUCCGGGUCGUUCCAUACAAAGCGAUGUCGGGGUGGAGUUGAAAGGCGUCAGAUGGAGUUGA